ACUGGCAUGCCCACAAUGUCAGAUAUGGCCAUGGAUACCAGCUCCAAGAUCACCACCAAAUACUUAAAGGAAAAGAAGGGAGUGGAAGAGGCAAAGAAUGGAAGAGAUGCACCUGUUAAUGACAAUGCUAAUGAGGAAAAUGGGGAGCAGGGGGCUGACAAUGAGGUAGAUGAAGGAGAGGAAGAAGAAAUGGAGGAGGAGAAAGAAAAGGAGGAAGGCGAUGGUGAGGAAGAGGAUGGAGAUGAAGAUGAGGAGGUUGAGGCAGCCAUGGGCAAUUGGACAGCUAAAGAUGAUGAGGAUAACGAUGUUGACACCAAGAGGGAGAAGUUCGAUGAGGAUGACUGUGAAGCAAAAAAGGAAAAAUUAAACUUAAAAAAAAAAGGCCACUGUGAUCUAUUUACACUGCACUUCCCAUCUCAGAAUCUAAACAUGGUCACCUUCAAGUAGAGAUUCCCACCCACCCACUGCAGGCAGCACCACUCUCAGAUCUGACAUAUGUUCUCCACCACCCAACCAAAACCACUAUGUGAAUUUGCAACAGGGGAGGAA